CACCGUGCAGGAUUGCAGGAUAUAUAGACGAGGUGGGAGGAAGAAAGUACCUGCGCUGGAGGAGAGGAGAUGGGGCUGACGUUCACCAAGCUGUUUAGCGGCCGGCUCGCCAAUAAGGAGAUGCGGAUCCUGCUGCUGGGUCUCGACGCUGCCGGAAAGACCACAAUCCUCUACAAGCUUACGCUUGGCGAGGUCGUCACCACAAUCCCCACCCUAGGGUUCAAUGUUGAAACAAUGGGGUACAAUAACAUGAGCUUCACUAUGUGGGACGUCAGCGGUCAUGCCAAGGUCAGGCCUUUGUGGACGCAUUACUUCGGGAACACCCAGGCUAUCGUCUUUGUGGUGGACAGCAGCGAUAGGGACCGUGUUGAUGAUGCCCGGUGUGAGCUCCACAGGAUGCUGAAUGAGGAUCGGUUACGUGAUGUUGUGUUGCUUGUGCUUGCUAACAAGAAUGAUCUUCCAAAUGCUAUGGAUGCUGCUGAGAUUACUGAUAAGCUUGGGCUGCACUCCCUUCGCCGGCGACACUGGUAG